UGAAUGAAAGAAAAGUGCUGCGGACUUUGGACACCCAAAAACUCAUUAUGUCACAACUUGGCAGUGUAGAAAAAAUUCUAUGUCAUCAAGACGUUGAGACGAUCACCCUCGCCAGCGAUGAAAGACCACAAUGACGGCUUGCAUCCGUGCAGUGUUUGUAAUCGAGACAAUUGAAUUUUUAGUUAUUUAAGUAGGGCAGUAGCGGUGGCGGUAGCUCAUUUGAACUAAUUUUAGAGGAACACAAGCAAGCAACAUCUGGAGGUGAAGAGAGACAGACUCAUAUUUGAUUUUAUCGUCAUAAAGUCUAAAACAGCAGAUAAUAUCCAGUCACGGGAAGAACUUGGAAGUAAAUAAAAAAAAGGAUUGAAGAAGUAAAAAUGGCUUCAAAUUCAACUGGUUUCAUUUACAACCCAGAAAUGACCAAACAUGAGUGUUUUUGGAUCCCUGACUUUACAGAACAGCCACAGCGAGUUAUCCAGGCCUUUAAACGAUGUAAUGAACUAAACCUUAUUGACAGAUGUCAACAACUUGAUAGUUGCGUGGGAACAGAAGAAAUGGCACUUUUACAACACAGCAAAAAUUUGAUUGAUGCUCUGAUUAAAACAGAGGAAAUGGAUAACGAGGAAUUAAAAGAGUUUUCCACUAAAUACGACAGUCUUUACUUUCAUAAGGACACUAACAAAUGUGCUUGGAUAGCACUUGGCUGUACAGUGAAACUCGUUGAUAAAGUUAUUGAAAAUAAGAUAAGGAAUGGGUUUGCCUUAGUGAGACCUCCAGGCCACCAUGCCCUCUACAAUGAGUUCUGUGGUUAUUGUUAUCUCAAUAAUGUAGGAAUCGCUGCUGCCCAUGCUUUAUCAAAGGGAGUUGAAAGGAUCCUGAUUGUUGACUGGGACGUUCAUCACGGCCAGGCUACACAGUACAGUUACUAUGACGAUCCGCGUGUCUUAUACUUCUCCAUCCACCGUUACCAAAAUGGACAAUUCUGGCCCUGUUUACGACAAUCUGACUACGACUUUGUAGGAAAAGGUCCUGGGCUUGGCUUUAACAUCAAUGUUCCUUUAAACAAGAUUGGAUUAACAGAAUCAGAUUAUCUUGCCAUCUUCCAUCAUAUUUUGAUGCCAGUUGCCUAUGAGUUCAAUCCCCAGCUUGUCCUCAUCUCUGCAGGAUUUGAUUCGGCAUUUGGUGACAUCAAGGGUCAAAUGAGUGUGUCCCCUAUGGCUUAUGCUCAUUUUACACAUAUGCUGUCUACUUUAGCCAAUGGAAAAAUUUGUACUAUCCUCGAGGGUGGUUACUGUCUGAAAUCUCUGGCUGAGGGUGUGGCCUAUUCCAUAAAGAGUCUUUUAGGUGAUCCUUGCCCUGAUUUGGGACCACUGGCGCCUCCUUCAGACAGUGUAGCUGAGAGUAUCUUGAAUGUCAUCAAAGUACACCGGAACUAUUGGUCCCGACUGCGGCACCAGAGUUAUUGGCAACAUCCUGAUGAGUGUGCCUACCCUGAUCUUUUGACUAUGCCACCCAAAGAAGGUGUGAUAUUUUGUACAGAAGAGAACCAACCUGAUGCUCAUAUUUUGACCAAUGAGAUACUUCCAUUAGAAGAGGUGGAGAUGUGUGACAAACUGCUUAAUGAAAUGAUUCAGUCACAGCCUACAGACGUUCCCACUAUAAGAACUGCUGUUUGUUUCGACCCCAGCAUAGAAACUUUCAAAGACCUUUCUCACAAAUUGCAAGGUUUCUCCCGAUUCCAAAAGUUAUUGCCACGGUUACAUGUAAUUGAGAACACUGACAAUGCCUCUGAAUUGGUUCACCCAAUGAUAGAACGGAAGAUACAAAAUGGUGUAUUUGUUUCUCUACAGAAGAACGCUGCCAGCCCCAAAUCAUCCUAUACCAUUCUACAACACCAUCUUCAACACCAGCACCUUCAAAGAAUUCUCUAUGUUGACCUCUGUCCUGACCAAGACAGUGUCAAAAAUUGCAUCCUCCUUAUGGAGAAGGGUGUGUUGUACCUGCCAGUAUGGGUGAAUACUUCGGAGAUGUCGGAAAUGUCAACUCCUGAAUUUAGUAUCAAUGUUACAUGUGAUGAGAUUGGCGAUGGAGAAUACAUGGCUGUUUUCCACCAAAUAAUCUUACCAUUGGCUUAUCAGUUUGGUCCUCAACUAGUUGUGUUGUCUGCUAAACUAAGUUCCCAGAAACUGCUCCCAGUCACUUCUACUGGACUCAGCCAUCUUGUUCAUCUGUUGAAUGUUUUAGCGGCAGGAAAACUGAUCCUUUUUGUCGAGGAUGGUCAGUGUUUGACCAAGGAAUGGGAUCAAAACCUCGAAGCCUGUACUUUGGCACUUCUGGGAGACAAGCUGAAACCCCUAAAACUUCAUGAAGUAAAUAGCAGAACCCUUUCCUCCAUCAGUUCGUUCCAGAACCAGUUCAAGGAAAGCUGGCCCUGUUUCAAAUUUCAAGUGCCUAUUCCAAAGAUAGAAAAGACUGGAAACUAAAAUACAACCAAAGACAUCAUGGACUAAGAAAAUUCAUCAGAUUUUUGCUGUGCUGCUUGUGUUUUAUUCUCUGGAAAUGGUAUAUUUUAAAUAAACUAUUUACAUAUAUGAACAUCAUAUAUAUAUAUAUAUAUAUAUAUAUAUAUAUAUAUAUGUAUGUAUCUUCACAGCUCCUACUGAUUAUUCUGUCCCCUCCUCUAUUAAAUGUGAUGAUUAACUAUGCAGUUCUUUUACCAGAACCUGCUCUGUUCUCCUUCUCUUAUACUCUAGCCCCUCAUCUCCUAGCAUAAAAACAAUCUUUUGGAAAUUCAUAGUCUCUUAAGUCACAUGCCAAACUCACUAGUGUUGGUGCCAUAAAAAAGAAACAACAACCCAGUACAUGUUGUGAAUUAGUUGGCAUUAGGAAAGGCAUCCAGCUAUAGAGACUGUGCCAAAGUGGAGCACAAUGCAGUCCUUGCAUCCAUCAGACCCUGUUGGAUCAUCCAGCCCACGUCAGAAUGGACUUUGGGUAUAUAUGUAUAUGUAUGUGUGUGUGUCUUUUAUUUUAUUUAUGGGUUAACAAGGCAACCAAUGGCUUCAUGUGAAAAGAUCUUCACAAUUGUUCUAGCAUGCCACAUGUGUGUUGGUACGAUUCUCCAUUUUGGAGAUGAGUAUCAACACUUCCGUGUGGCAUGCUUCAACAAUUGUGAAGAGAACAUGAAACCAUGGAUGCUUUGUUAAUCCACAAGUAAGCAAUAUAAGAAUAUAUAUAUCCACCAAUGCGGUGUGAGCACUCAUUGUCACUGUUUGGUAUUAACAUAUAUACAUACAUAGAUACACACACAAACAUACAUAUAUAUAAAUUGAUCAACAGUUAGGAAUUCACUGCAUUGUUACAAGGGAUUUCAAACAUGAAGAUUACAUGUAAUUUACCAGUUAGUCUUGUGAAUGAUGAUUGUUGAUGGUGAUAUUUGCAUACUUCAAAAAAGGGUCAUAUUGAGUAACAUCAUAAAUGAAGCUGCUGCUUUGGCCUAACUGAGAAGUUCUAUAUAUAUAUUGAAGCAACCGGUGCUAAUUCAUAUAUAUAUAUAUAUAUAUAUAUAAUUAAUAAUUUUUGAUUUAAGAAAAUCAUUUUCAAAUAUAUUGUGAUUGUAUCAAGAAACUUUUCGAAAAUUUUCUUUUUAAUUCUAUAUAUAUAUAUAUAUAUAUAUAUAUGUGUGUGUGUGUGUGUGUGUGCAGAAAUAAUUAAGA